AUGAAGGCUGUGAGGAACGCCUGCUACAUCGUGCCAGAGGAAUGUGACCCCGAGUCUUCUACGCCUUGGUGUGGUUGCAGUAUCACAGAUGAUUCGCCCCUUGUUUCGGAAGAGGCGCGCGAACCUUUGGAAGUAGAACAAAAUCACAUCACAUCUGCGUUCUUUGGUGGGCUCAAUAUGUCAAUGCUCAAGAUACCCAGUCUGCUGCAGUCGUUUUCCGUCUCAAUGCAAAUACGAACAUGGACUUGA